AUGCAUCAACCCCAGGAGCAACACGCCGAGUCUAGCAGCAAGGCUGCGGACGACGCCCGCAUCCAGUCUGUGGUCGAAAACCUGGAGCAGAUCAAUAAGCAGUUGGAGGCAGCAGACCCCUUCCAGAUCCUCGAGUGGUCCAUCGACAAUCUACCUGGUCUCUACCAGACUACCGCCUUUGGUGUGACAGGAUGCGUCAGUCUUGACCAAAUUUCCAGGAUUAGCGAAGCGAGGGCCAAGGCUACAGGACAGCCCCACCGUCACCUCGUGCCCCUCAUCUUCAUCGACACCCUCUACCACUUCCCUCAGACCAUUGAGCUGGCCAAUAAGGCCGCCAAGCACUAUGACGCACCUAUGCACGUCUACACUCCCCCUGAGACUGCGAACGUAGCCGAAUUCGAGAAGAAGUGGGGCUCCCAGCUCUGGGACCGAGACGAGGAGACAUACGACUACCUUGUCAAGGUCGAGCCCGCUCGGAGAGCAUACGAGGAGCUCGGCGUCCGAGCCGUCUUCACCGGUCGUCGCCGCUCACAGGGCAAGGACCGCGCCAACCUCAACGCAGUCGAAGUAGACGAGACCGGCCUGAUCAAGGUCAACCCAUUCCUGAACUGGUCUUUCCAGCAGGUAGACACCUACGUCAAGCAGAACGCUGUGCCCUACAACGAGCUUCUCGACAUGGGCUACAAGUCCAUCGGAGACUGGCACUCAACUGCCCUUCCCAGCGGCGACAGCGCCGAGGGCGAGCGCAGCGGAAGGUGGCAGGACAAGGGCGGCAAGUCUGAAUGCGGUCUGCACGCGGACUACUUCAAGCUCAAGCGCAUGGCUGAGAAGAAGAUGCGUGAAGCAGAGCUGGCCAGGAGAGAUGAAGAGAAGGACAAGGUCGACAUUGUCGCUGCUGAGCCUGCAGAAAACGGCAUCCAGCCUAUCGUCUCGGUCUAA